CCACGGUUGAUAGUUCAGUAUCUGCUCCAGUGCAGCGUUAGUGUUAGCGAGUCAGAUUGGAAUAAGCCAUCUUCUUUUUCUUAGGGGAAAAGUGUAGUGUAGUGCCCUUGAUUGACUUGAAAUAAUGAUCUGGAAGAUUGACGGUCUUUAGACUAGGAGGGGUGUUCAAGAUUGCAGACUAAUAAUUGCGUGACAGAUUGUCAUAGUUAGGAUUUGUUCUAGAGGCUGCUUGAACCAAGUAACAUUGGCGACUCGUAGUGUGAUAACUUUUAUGGUAUGUAUUUACAAGCACAUAAGAAUGGCGAGGUUGGUGCCCAUUUCCCAGACUACCUUUUACAUCUUUGUUCAACAAAAAGCUUGUAAUGGUUUGUUCCAUACAGAUCAUGAACGCCUAACUGUAUUUCUGCAAUUAUCACUGUCUUAACACCUUACUCUUAACACCUUAAAACUUUGUCUUCUAUUUUCGCUGUUUGAUUUUGUGAAAGAUCCUCAUAGAACUUUCCCAACAUAACAUGCCAUCUUCGCCAAAAUUUCCGUAGGGUUGGCUUAGGUGCCACACAAUGGAUCCUGUCUUUUAUACAGCGUCAUGCUCACUUGUGGUAUAUGCUUUCUGGAGCCAUAUAUCUGGACCAGUUGUUAGUUAAUGUGCAUUACCUAAUUCUCCAAAGUUAUAUUUGUGGCCAUGUAUAGUCUUUGUAUUUUCCCCGUUGUAUAAGGGGCUUUCUGCAUAUUUCCCUCACAUGUAUGUGUAUAUAUAGUGGACUAUGGCCCCAUGGGAAUUCGAGUUGCAUAGCCCUAGGUUUAGUUUCUCUCCUCCCACCGCACGCGCAGCUCGUGCUCAAUUCCAAUCGAUCCCGGUCUCCGUCCUCUAUUCCGGUAUUCCCUGCCGCUCCCUCAGGUGAGUCCUUUCCGCUCAGUGUUUAUGGUGCCGCCUGUGUACCAGGAGCCUAGUAUCAUGCCGAUCAAUACAAGAACGGAGAAGGAGUUGGAAGAAAAGGAGGUGUUAUGCACGCACAAAAAGCCCAAAGCUACAGGGUGUGUUGCCCAACCGCAGCAGGAAAUUGAACUCGCCAUUGAGAGUGAGAAUAAAGGGCAUGGUGAUCCUUCACCAAAAGAGUCUGCUUGUGUUGUGCUGAGCAAUGGUGAAGCAAAUGGUUGCAGUGAGGGGCAUGUUCUUGGCGGUGCAAAUGAAGAACCAGAAGCAAGGUCGAGACUGGCUCAACUCUGCAGUGCAAUUGGCUGGAAGAGUCCAACAUAUGAGUUUCAAGAACAUGGACAUGGCCAUACAAAACUGUUCACAUGCAAGGUGAGUGUUCUUGUGGAGACGUUCACAGACACUGUUGUGGAGUGCAUCAGUGAGCCCAAACCCCAGAAGAGAGCUGCCCAGGAACAAGGUGCUGAAGGUGUGUUAUGGACCCUCAAGCGCCUUGGUCAUGUGAAAUAGCUCUAGACGUCCUCCAUCAGGCGUGGCGCGACGUCUGUGUACCCUCUUGUUACCAUCCGAUCCAUCAUAAGAGCGGUAUCUGCUCUUUCUUGAAUCCAUGACUCAACCUGCGAUCAUGUUGUCAGCUGAUGCUUAUGCACGGUUAAACUUGUUGCUCUGUCGGUCGUGUUCUAAUUUCAUAUUGCUUUAGAUCUCUAUACAAACUAGUGAAGUGAACC